UGGCUGAUAAUGUCAAAAGUCCCUCCAGCCCAAAGACCCUCCACAUUCCUUACGCUCUAACAAGCAUCGCUUUACAGUACGAAGGCUACUUAUCUUUUCCUCUCGGUCAACAACGCGCCUUUAUUUAUCUUUACCUCCCCACUUGCGAUGACAUCGAGCGACACAAACGAAUCUAUCGAUCCUUCAGUGUCUCCUACCACAGCCAACCUAUCCGCACUCCAGUAUAAAAAGCGCCCAUCCUCAACAAUGUCGCCUCCUCACUCUGCUCCCUGGAACCCCGAUCAUCCCAGCACAGGCCCCCACAGCCACGAACCACCCUUUAAAUCACAUCGCUCGCUUUCCCCAUCUGAAGGUACCAACAAACGUCCCUGGACCAAUGCAGAACAGGAGGCACUCUACGUCGCAGUCGAACGACACAAUCUCUAUGGCCGUUGGGCAAAAGUCAGGGAUCACAUGCAUCUGGAGCGCUCUGUGGCCGAGAUCGAACAGGAAUACAUGCGUCUCUAUGGUGAACUUCCGGACUCUGAGGACGAAAACCAGUACAGACAGGGAGAACAACGAACCAAGUCAUCGCACGUACACGUACAUGGCCAUACAACCCCCGUCCUCACAACCGCAUCCACCUCCACCUUGAGCACACAGUCGUCCCUAGAGGCUUUCAGCAGCCGAUUCCACCACUCUCCAUACCCAUCAGCAUCAGAACACUCCUACCGAUCGCCCCGCCGAAUACACAGUGUCCCGCAUUCGAAUUUGGAUGAUGCCCACCAUAACGAUGAGAACGACGACUUGAGGAUGGAUGCCGAGCAGUCCUCCCCUGUUUCGCGUCUUCUAAGUGGCAAGAACAGCGGCAAUCGAAGUCGGUCCGAUAGCACCACGGUCGAUGGUAAGCCUACCCGUACAGUGCGCGUAUGGACGCCGCAGCAAUCAGAACAGCUGAAGAGCCUCAUCGAGGAUUGUUUCCCAGACGGCUAUCGUAUCAACUGGGUUUGGGUCGCCUCGCAAAUGGGUAACACCUUUACUCGGAAACAAUGUAAAAACAAGUGGGAGAUAAUGCGACGCCGAGCUGGGACAGAGGAGGAGAUCAAUCUACUAAAAAAGGGACACGAAGAGUUUGGACCGGCCUGGAGUAAGAUCCAGGAAAAGUACCUGCCCGAGCGCUCCCAGGGCGGAAUUUCCAUCAUGUGGAAUCUCUUGCAAGCUCGUGAGUCGGAACAGCAGUAUCCGUCCGAAAAGCACCAGUCCGAAGCACGUGAAGGAAGCAUUCAGCCUGGCUCAGCGCCCAAACCGCCCGCACGCUCGCCGCGAUGGAAGACCGCAUCCCAGCCAAUGGCUCUAGGACUAGGACCAGCUUGUAGAAAGAGUACAGAACGGGAUCGCCCAUACCGGCCCCGGGUCCUCACACAGCCCACCGGGGACGACCAAGAAGGGCCACAGCGUUCUCCCUCGGACAGGAACAGGGAUAUGAUGGACAGACAGCAAUCGGACUACUACUCUCACAAUGAGCCCACAUCAAGGGAAACAUCACUAUCACCUCUCUGGAGACGGGAAGCAGCAAAUAUAGGGCCGUCAGUCUGUUCUACCGCACAGCACAUGGAAGGGAUCUCGUCAUCCAAAAGGUUCUCUGUAUCCUCCACAGAUUCGUUCUACAUGUCGACCGGCCAGCCAGAGCACUACCACCCUCAACAGCAUCAACAACAACAUCAUCAGCACCACCAACAACAACACCACCGUCCACUGCGAGGGGACCAGGCAGCAGACUCUGGAUUCGAGCCCUGGACAGAAAGGAAUCGACCCAUGACCUGGACCGAGCCCUUAACACGACAACUAGAGGAGAUUAUCCACCAGUACUUUCCUAGUCAGCAAAAGGUCAAUUGGGUCAAAGUAUCGACUCUCAUGGGGAGGAACCCGGUGGUGACAAAGGAACAGUGCAAGCGUCGAUGGUAUCUCAUGUCACAGUACGAACACCUCCGGCCCCGAUUAAGAGACUCGUCACCGGCAAUCAUCACAUUGAGCGCACCGAACGACAUGGCUGUGGAUAUGGACCCAUCUGGUGCAGAAUUGGACGCACGACGUGGCAGCCACGCACGAUCGUUGCCCACAAGUCCGAUCCCAACCCAGCUAUCGUCAGAGAUGUCACCGCUGGCUUCGCAUCUCUCGAAGCGACCGUCGGAGUAUGUACCGUGGACGGAAGAAGAGGUCGAAAAGCUGAAGCAAGGUGUCGAGAAAUUUGGAAGAUCGUGGACAGAUAUCCAGCACCACUAUCUGAAAGACCGAUCUGUGGGAUCGAUGGCAAGCAAGUGGGAUUAUUUACUACUGAAGAUGAGGUCAACUAUGCGACCCGGUCCGGAACCUGCUCCAUCCGGGGUACCCCAUUCGCAUCCAAAGAUGUCUGGUGCGGAUUUUUCAGAGGAGGAGAUGGAAGUCGACGAGUAUGCCUACAUGGAUACGAGCCGUAUCCACCAUCAAGCCUAGGCUGUCCGAGACAGGCGUCGAUAUUUUAUGGAUGUGUCUUGUUUGCUUAUCAUUG